AUGUCCAGCACGUAUUUCAAUGAAAUCUGGCAUCAGUCGCAGCAUGAAUGCGAGCUCUUGUCUACCAUUGACUAUGAGCGUCAGCACCAGGAUGUGGAGACAACGGUGGCCACCAUGAAUGCAGCCGUUGGCUCUGUGGCAGCCGAUGCCGAUGCCAAGGCCCUGCUGCAGUCGAGUCUCUACGAGUUCUAUUUGAGAUACAUUUGUUUGAGCAAUCGCCUGGAGGAUGUAUAUGAUAACAUGAUCCAGCCGCAGAAGCGUCAGCUGGUGCGUAAGCUUCUAGACGCCUGCCUGGGGCGUGUCAUAGAACUCAAGCACGAUCUGGUCAACAUUGAUUUAAUGGAAUUUAGCUACAACGACGCAGUGAUAGAGCGACUGCGUCUCACGCCCAUGGAGUCGGAACUGCGAGUGCCACGGUACUUCCUGCGAGAGCGGCAGCAGGAGCUCGAGUUUCGCAAGCGAACCAUGCAGGAGAUACUGGUCAAGCUGGGCUGGCUGGAGGAGCACGAGCUGGAGGAGACCGUGACCACGGAGAUCGAGGCCAUACGUAUGCUCCAAAUGCAUGAGCGGGCACGCCAGGGCCGUCUUCGUGCCCAUUUCAUGAAGGAGAUACGCAUCCUCAAGGAGAAGGGCAAAUCGGAGGAGCGCACCGAAAAGGAACGCAGCGAUUCUGGCCUCUUGGCGGCCAUGAAGAUCCAGAAAAUGUGGCGUGGCCACACGGCGCGUAGGAUAACGCGACGCCGCAAAAUGGAGGAAAUGAUUCUGAUUGGUAUGCUACCGCCACCGGCGGCGGUACUCAAAGAGCGGGCCGAGAAACUCGACAAGUUACAGCACAACGACAAGCGCUAUGAGGCGCAGGACGUCUAUGCGGAGCAGUUCGAGACGCGACAGCGGGUCGUCCAGGAGGAGAUUCGACAGAAGCAUGGGGCCAGCAUGAAGGAGGACAUAGCCGACGAAAUACGGGCCUGGGUAAAGGAUUGCUAUGAGAAGACCGGCAAACUGCCAGACUUUCCCACGGAAGAUCAGGGCGGAUCUCUGCACAUAUUCAGCCGACCGGGCACCGAGAGCGAGCACAGUCGCUCCUCUGCCCGAUCCUCCAAAGAAUCGCGCAAGACCAAGGACAAGUCCAAGUCGCCGGCGCGCAGUGGCGAUCUGAAUGUCAAUGAGAAUCAGGAGGAGGAUGUCAGCUUCCAGCCGGCCCCAUCCAUCUGUCUGCCCGACAUACGCACGGAGAUAGAUCUUUUCAAUGAUACCUGGCGCGACAAGGACGAGACGGGCGUGUUGAGCCAGGCUGCCUACGAGGAUAUGAUCUACAGCGACAAGUACCAGGAGGUGGAGCUCGAAUUCCGGCGCGCUGUCGACGAUGUGAUGCGCCAGGAGAUCGAACUGCUGCAGACGGCCGUGGGCAAGAAGAUCAAGAAGAGCAGCAAGAAGACGCGUCGCUCGGGAAAAAAGAACAAGAAGAAGAAGGAGAAGGAUCUCACGCCAGACCGCACCACAGAGUCGCUGUAUGAGGAACUGGUCACCAAUGGCAUUAUCCGCAAGUAUCCGGAGCUGAAGCUAAAGCAAUUUCUGGGCGACAAGGCCUUGACCGCUCGCAACGGAACGAAUCCAUCGCCGGGCGACAUCCGGCAGAUCCUCACAGAGUACUGCAUCCUUCCACUGGGUUCGGAGGCCAUACACAAUUGCACACCGCUAAUACGCUCCAUACUGCUGGCCGGUCCCAGGGGGUCAGGAAAGAAGGCCCUGCUCCAUGCAAUUUGCACGGAGGUGGGCGCCGUGCUCUUUGACCUCACACCAGCCAAUAUUGUGGGCAAAUAUCCGGGCAAGUCGGGUCUCAUCAUGCUCAUCCAUUUGGUGGUGAAGGUAUCCAGACUGCUGCAGCCAGCUGUCAUUUACAUGGGCGAUGCAGAGCGACCAUUCAUGAAAAAGAUACCCAAAACCGAUCGCACGGAUCCCAAGCGCCUGAAGAAGGAUUUGCCCAAGCUGAUCAAGAAUAUAGCACCCGAGGAUCGCGUCAUUUUUGUGGGCACCUCUAAUCUACCCUGGGAAGCGGAUCAAAAGAUGCUGCAGUCGGUGUACAAUCGGUUCAUUUACAUUCCACGACCCGACUAUGGGGCCAUGUCGCAUGCCUGGAAAACUCUGCUACAUGAGUACUCUGGGGGUGUCUCCAAUUUGGACACCAGUGCCAUGGCAAAGAUAUCCGACGGCUAUACCAUAGGAGCCAUCGAUGCAUGCCUCAAGGAGGUGAUGACCUGCAAACGGAAGCUACAGCUACGUACCCAACCGCUCACCAAUGCAGAGCUCAUCAAUGUGCUGUGCACGCGUGAUCCCGUCUACCGCGAAGAAGAAGAAGCCUUUGAAUCAUGGUGGUCUAAAACCCCAUUGGGACGUCGCCGGCAGCGUUUUCUGGAGCUGGAAGAGGAGCGUCUCAUUGAGGAGCAGGCCCAGGCGGCCAAACAGGGAAAUGGCAACAAAAAGAAAGGCCUCAACUGA